GACCGAGAGCCAGGUCAGCACCAGCAUAAGCGACGCGCUUGUGCCAUAUUAUACGGCUUCGGAAGUCGAUGCAGCCAUCGCCAGCAACAGCUUCAACGCGGCUGACUACUACACUCGCACCCAAUGCGAUAGCAGGUAUUUCCCGACCAACGCCAACCCUGGCAACGCAGAAGUGUUCACACUCCUUCGAGACACCGUGUCCAUUCCCAGACAACUGCGAAGCAUCCUACCCAGGGCGCCCCUGGCAUGGAGCCACCUGUUCAGCGGCACCAUCACCGAGCUCCGCUGUGACGCCUAUUCCAAAGCUGAGGCGGACGGACGCUAUCUGAGCAGCUCUGGCUACACGGGCACUGAGGUUUUUACGCAGCUCAGGGAUACCGUUGCCACGCCCCGGCAGCUGCGGGGCAUCUUGCCUCGUGCCCCACUGGGAUGGUCCUACAUUCUGAGCGGCACCAUAACCGAGCUCACCUGCGACGCCUGGAGCAAAUCGGAGGCGGACGGGCGCUUCUACACCCGAUCCCUGGCCGACAGCACCUUCGCGCCGUUCAGCACCGAGACGGGCCUGCAGAACCUGAACCUGCAAGUGAUCGACCACGAGACGCGGCUCUCCAGCCUGGAGGCCAGCGGCGGCGUGCCCGACCCCGUGGUGACGGGCGCCGUGCACAGCUCAGGCACCGCGCUGACGCUGCGCGCCAGCAGCACCAACGUUCGCAUAGAGGCCCAGGACACCACCACGCUUGCCAACUUCGGCCUUGUCGAAAAUUUCCUGGGCAGGGCCCCUCAGCUCAGAGUGGACGAGGAGCUUUACAUCGACGAUGUUUCGGGCGCAGCCGCAGGCCUCAAGACCAACGCCGUCUCGGCGAGGCCUGGCGAUAACCUGCUGACCAUCAGCGGCGGCACGAACGGAGUCAGCGCGAUAGGUGCUGGGCUGGCAGUUGCGGGCAUCGCCAGGGCUACCGCGCAAGUCACGACACGGGUGCUGGCCACAGAUGUGGGGCAGAUCUACCUGAGCCUGGUGGGCGGGACCACCGGCACCAGAGUGAUGGACGGCUCCAACAACGAGCUGCUGAAGAUCGAGGCCGACGAGACGCAGUGCCUCACCAGGAUCCUCUCGGUCACCGACUCGGCUCCUGCAAGUGUCGUCGGCGCGGUGCUGAAGAACACGGCAAGCAGCGGCGUGGCGCGCCUGCAACAACUCCACCGGCUUCGCGCGGCUGGAGGUGGACGGCGCCGGCGGCUGCUCCCUGAACGCGCCGGGGCAGCAAAUCUCGCUGCAGAACCAGGUGGGCACGGCGCCGGUAGUACUACGGUAGUAAAAGAGACAGACGGCGACCUGACCUACAACUAUGGCCUGAAUGCCUUGAGCGACGCGAGGCUGAAGGAGAACAUCAGGGAAGCCGACCUGGAGGAGCUGCAGGCCAUCCUCGACAAAGCGGUGCCCAAGUGCUACGAUCGCACGGACGUGCCGCACAAGAGCAGGCUGGGCUUCGUGGCCCAGGACUUCGAGGGCGCCGGCGUCACCGGCAGCGCACACCGCGAAGAUCAGCAGCUGAUGACCUUGGACUACUCGAGGCUCACAGCUGUGCUGUGGGGCGUCUGCAAAAAGCUGCAAGCAAGGGUAGAAGCUUUGGAGAAGCCCAAGAAGGCUAAGCGGCGGAGCGGGUCAUAG